AUGAGAGAAAUAUUUGCAACACACGGAAUACCAGAUACCAUUGUGUCCGAUAAUAGGCGAACGUUUGUGUCAGAAGAAUUUGAGAAAUAUUUAAAACUUAGCGGUAUAAAGCACAUACGUACGGCACCGUAUCAUCCAUCGUCAAACGGGCAAGCAGAAAGGUUUGUACAAACCAUUAAGAAUCACCUUAAGAAAAUGCAGUCGUCAGACAUCAAUAAGAAUUUGGCAAAUAUACUUUUGCAUCUGCGUACAACUCCUAAUGCAAAUUCAAAUUCGAGUCCAGCAGAAAUCUUGAUGGGAAGGAAGUUGAAAACAUUGUUAGAUCAUUUGCACCCCAGUGAUGACAACACUCAGAAGCAGCUAAAUUCUGAUGAGUAUUCCAAACAAAUAAAACCAGUUCGCAGUUUCCAGUGUAGUGAAAGUGUUUGGUACCGAAAUUUUGGAAGAGGUGAAAAGUAG